AUGGCGUCUCUACGUGUCCUCCUGAUUGGCAAUGGCGGACGUGAGCAUACCCUCGCCUGGAAGCUCGCCCAAAGCCCACGAGUCGAGGAGAUCCACGUAGUACCUGGCAAUGGGGGGACGGCUGGGUAGGUAGAUGCCAUUGCAGGUCAACUUCUACCAUACCACGGUUCGUGCGGCGACCAUUGACACUGAUUACAGUGUGCCAAAGUGCAAAAACAUCGCCUCCGUCUCGGCAGACGACUUCCCGGCCUUGGUUCAACACGCCAAAGACAACAACCUCAACUUCGUCGUCCCCGGCCCUGAAGCUCCCCUCGUCGCUGGAAUCGUCGAUUACUUCAAGCAACAUGCGCCCAACACGAGGGUAUUUGGCCCAAGCGAGGCUGCAGCGCGGAUGGAGGGCAGCAAGACUUUCUCUAAGGACUUCAUGAAGAAGCACAACAUUCCCACCGCCAGAUACGAGAACUGCUACGACUACGAGACAGCGAAGAAGCACUUGGACAGCAUUGAUUACACCGUGGUGAUCAAAGCAGAUGGUCUCGCAGCUGGCAAGGGUGUCAUCAUUCCACAAUCCAAAGAGGAGGCGCAAACAGCUCUGAAGGACAUCAUGCUGGAUAAGGAGUUCGGUGCUGCUGGUAACAGUGUCGUGAUUGAAGAAUUCCUCGAGGGAGACGAGAUCAGCAUUCUGUCUUUGUCUGACGGUAAUGCGAUAUUAUCUCUCCCUCCAGCACAGGACCACAAGCGAAUCGGGGACGGCGACACUGGUCCGAACACCGGCGGCAUGGGAACAUAUGCGCCCACGCCGAUCGCAUCUAAGGAAGUCCUUGAGGAGAUUGAGCGAUUUACUCUGCAGCCUACCAUUGAGGGGAUGAAAAAGGAUGGCAUGCCGUUCGUGGGAUGUCUGUUCACCGGAUUCAUGCUGACCAAAGCUGGUCCGAAGGUGCUGGAGUACAACGUGCGAUUUGGUGAUCCUGAGUCGCAGUCCUGCCUACCUCUUCUCCAGUCGGAUCUCGCAGAGUUAAUGCUAGCUUGUACAGAUGGCACUCUUUCUUCGCAGAAGCUGGAUGUGGCUCCCCUCAGCGCGUGCACGGUGGUCGUGGCCGCCGGAGGCUACCCUGGCUCGUACCCGAAAGGCACUCCAAUGACAGUAAACCCUGCGAAGGAAGAAGAAGGAAUGUACCACUUCCAUGCCGGUACUAACCUCAAAGAUGGCAAGCUGGUCACAAGCGGCGGCAGAGUGAUUGCAGCUACGGCGACCGGCAGCACGCUCAAGGCGGCUGUCGACCAAGCCUACCAGGGCGUCCGGAGCAUCGAGUUUGAGGGCAUGCAAUACCGCAAAGACAUCGCACACCGGGCCCUGCGGUGA